GGUGGCGUUUCUGUGAGGUAAGGGUGUGUCGGUAAGUUAGUUAUUCAGCGUCACAACGUCCUUGUUCGUAAAAAAAUGGCUGGUUCGCAACGAUCUCGGGAAGCUAUUCAGUUACAAAUUCAACAAGAUUGGGCUAAUCGGGAAUAUAUUGAAAUAAUCACAGUCAGUAUUAAGAAGAUAACUGAUUUUUUGAAUUCCUUCGAUUUAUCUUGCCGUUCCAAGUUGGCCUUAUUGAACGAGAAGCUGACCACUCUCGAAAGAAAAAUUGAUUAUUUGGAAGCAUGUGUUACUAAAGGGGAAACUUUGACGUGAUAAUUAUUUUUGAUAUUACGACGCACCUCUUAUGAUUGAAAAUGUUGCUACAAGUAGUGAAUCCUGCUAAAAAGUUAUAUAUGAACAAUGUACCAUGUGUUCGAAAUCUUUUUCAAAACGUAUUAAACAAAGUAUUCAACGCUGUGGAUGAAGAUCGAAGAGAGAAAUUAGGACCUGAUCGUACAUGUGCCGAAUGGUUAUUAAGAAAUGGAGCAUCAGUAAAAUUCAAGGGUUCAUCAGAAUUCCUUAAGGACUACAACAAAUUGCCUGAUGAAGAUUUUCCGUUCAAAAUUGCUGAAGUUGAAGCUAUUGAUUCUAGCAUCAGCCAAUAUGGAUUCGGUAAUUUCAAAGGAUGUCAGCUUAUAUGGAAAAUAGUCUUUGAUCGAUGCUACCUUCUAGACAAUGAAGCAAUGAAGGGACUUUUGGUUCUUAAUGACUCUCUACGUCAUUUGAAAAUUACUAACUGUCCUGAUAUAACAGAUGGUGGGUUAUUAUACUUGAAAGAUUUGAAUUUGGAACAUUUGGAAAUGCAUAUUUCACCUUAUGUUAAAGAUAAGGAAAAUGUAUUUAAAACAUUGAAACUUGGUCUUCCCAAAUGUAAUAUCAUUAUGGGAUGAGUUUUAGUUAUUGUACUGGUUUUAGUUUAUUCAAUAGUCUAUUUUAUUCUAUUUAUUAUUUGUUAAUAAAAGUAAUGCUUU